CCUUGUGUAAGAGCGCCGACAUAGUGAACACUGUUUUCCCAGUUCAGAUCUGAGCAGUCAGUGGCCAUGAUUCUCACGUUGAUUCUGCUAAUGUUCUUCCCUGCCCUACACAGAUCCACUCCUCGAUGUUCGCCAGCUGUGUUUUAUGGAAACUGCUGGUUGCGCCAUUUUCCUGGGCUACUCAUAGAUCUGGCACUCUCCAGGAGAAGGGGCGCCCGCUUGGUCAAUGACUACCACGCGAAGACCGCUCAGCAGUGCAGCAGAUCCUGUUGUCUCCUCCGGAAUGACACAUGUAACAUAGCCGUCUUCAGUUUUGCCCAACAUCAAGGCGGUUCCAACUGUUUUCACCUUAACUGCCCAAGUCAGGAAAGUUGUAUAAUGAGAAGAAGGAUUGAUUUUACACUAUUUAACAUAACAAGAGGAGAAGAUCCAGAUUUGCUUGUUUUUGGAGACCGUCGAAAUAAAACCAGAGACCCAGGUUUCCGGUUCUCCGCCAACAUGUCAGGAUUGAAUCAUUCUGGAUAUCCUGGACAGGAUAAACAACGUUCUUUCAACAGGUAUGCUUCGCUUUCAUCACAAGCAACUCUUUCCACUUACAACUGGUACCCGAAUGGGUCACUCCCAUCACGGACUCCAUUUCUUUCGCCAUCGAACCCGGUGUCAGUCACCGAUUCACUGGACACUGGGAGAGGAACAAACAAUAGCCGAAUCGAAUCGUCUGAGCUACCAGAAGCGCUGGUCUUAAUCAAAGAUGAGCUGCUCCCUAAUAUUGCAUCGGAAACCACUUCCCAGCCCUCUCGUUUCCUAAACAACGCAACCCAUGAAGAAUCAAGUUACUUUAAAUCGACUCCUAACACCCACACUUUAGGAAAGGCAAAUAGUACUAUAGGAAGCAAUGGCAAGAACCAGACGAUUGACGUCACGACUACCAUGACACCUUGGCGAGUGGAUCUGGAAGUUCUACUGACGCCAUUAUUGUUAUCUUUAAUCGCGUUGAUCUUUGGGUGCGCUAUUGUGGGGGUAGCAGCAAGGUGCAAGAAAAAGCGAGGAUGCUACAGACCUCCCCAGCACAGCGGUGCUGGAAAAGACAAAAUUGAAAUUAGAAGCAGGUUAUUUAAAUAG